UACAUUCAUUCCUCAUUUUUAAAGUUAUCCUUCGGUUUGCCAUUCCCAGGAUACAGCUGCCAUUCCCGCUCAGCGCCCAGGGGCUUGUGGGUGGAUGCCCAGUGUGUUUUAUUCAUUGUCCUGAAAACGAACAGUCACUUCCUUUGCAGUGGGCUCUGCAGUGAGCGUGAGGAAUCGGAUCAACCCCUCUGACUCAGGGAAAGGUGGAGCCAGGGAAGAAUUGUUUCAUUAUUUUGGACAAGCCCCGGAACGGCCUCUAAGCGCCCACCUUGCACAUUGCUGGAGUGGGGUGUGCUGACUGCGGCUUAUUUUUCAACUCGUUUUGAGAGAUUUGAAUGGCUCAGAUGUUGAACAGUGAUGUUUCUGACCAUAGGCUAAAUGUCAUAAUUAAAAAUAUUAAUGCAAUUUCUUUGGAAUUGAAGAAAAUGAAAGAGCACUCCCAGUUACUGCUUUGUGACCUUACUCUACAGUUUAGUCACCCUGUGAAGACAGAUGACUCCAAGGAAACAGAAAGAAACAAGCCCCUCUUUGAAGAGUUUCAACAGUCAGAUGUAUCCCUUGCUUCUAACCGUUUUUCUUCCUAAUUUCUUACUUAUCUGUUGUGAAUUUAUAACUGUAUGUAUUGUUGAAUUAACAAGUAUCUUGGAGAACUGAGUUUACCAAUAUAUUUAAUAUAAUAAAAUAUACUGAGUUAUAAAUAAUCAUUUUAUGUUCCUGAAGGCUGUUGUAUUAUUGUUUUAAUAUUUCAAAGAAUGGCUAAUUUAUUUCACUAAUGGCAAGGGUAUGACAUAGGAAAUUGGCCAUGUGACACUGCUUAUUAUUUACCUUAUGCUUGAAUUUGGCUCAGGCUGAAGGAGAGU